AUGUCGUCUUCAUCGGUCAGGACUUUUCUUUCAUCCCGAACCGCUGCAAGAGCUCAAGCCAUCGUUAACCAUAUUAUGCCUGUAAUUCUUGAAAAUAUUCGAAAAGACAAUAACAUACUCCCAUCGGAAGCAUCGUAUGAUAUUUCUGAACAACAAUUGCAAAGUAUAUUCCCUCCUCAUAAUUAUCAAGAAGAGGAAUUAUUUACGCCCCAAAAGAAACUAAUCUCGCAUGCAUUUUCAAAAUAUGAAUUUGAUUUAUUCUUGAAAACUUUGAUGGACGCCAUUAAUAAUGGUAAAAUAGAUGCUUCUAAUUUGAUUGUUAUGGAUUUAUGUGGAAAAGUUCACGAUAUGAACAAUAAUAUUCUUAUAUUUGCUCUUCCAAAGCUCUCAUUCCUGAAAGAAAUCAAUCUGAGCAAUGUAAAAUUAAAUGAUGAUAUUAUUGUAGAAAUUUGUACUAAAAUUCCACAAAUUGAGCGAUUAAAGCUAGAAAACACAUCAAUUACGGACAAUGGUUGUAUUGGAUUGAUGAAAUCAUUGCCAAGACCUCAAAAUAUUAAGCAUUUAAAUUUGUCAAAAACAAGGGUCACUGAAAACUCCUUUAAAUACUUGGCUGAUCUUUUUUCAACCCUUGAAAGUCACUUAGAAAAAUUAGAAAUUGCAUGUAUCGAUAUAAGCCAAUUGACUGUCACAAGAUUAUUGAAAAGUUGUAGAAAAUUAUGUAAAAUUGAGAAAGGUGAUGAAGGCUUGUUUGUUAUUUUUAGAAAUGAUGUCAUACUGCAAGUACCAUCUAACCCAAACCAACGAAGCUAUUCUUUACAACUCUACCAUCCAUUACUCGAUGAAAAAAUUUUACGAAACAUUUUAAGCAUCUACAGAAACGUCAACGAUUUACAUUUGAAAAGUGAACGACUCUCCAACCACAAUGUUUCCAAUUCAAUACGAUUCUCAAACAUCAAAACACUUCAAUCCUUCACUCUCAAUGACCAACCUUUUAAGGUUAACUUUGAUUAA